AUGCCUAUUACGCGUUCGUCGACACGCGAUGGUGUGCAAGAUGCUGGUGUCGAACAGCAACAAGGAAAUCCGUCACCAUCGGAUGGAUCUGGAUCGUUCCAUGGAUUCGACGAAUGGGAAGCCAACUGGGAUGAAGCUACAGCAAAGAAAUAUCGUGGAUUGGUUCGCCAGCGCUCCCAAGCGAAAAUGAAGUUGGUGCGGAUUAAUCGGACGUUGAUCAAUGAGACGCUUGGAUUGGCACAACUUGGUGUGCUAUCCAAGAACCUGGCUGUUACCUACGCUGAGUACAGCCAAUUCCACAGCAAGGUAAUAGCCCUGGUACCCGAUGAAGCGCUCGAUGGACAGGAUGACGAAUACGUAAGCUUCGAGAAACUGUACUACGACGUAUCCAAUGCUGUGGAAGAGUUACUGCUAGAGGCAAAAGCUCGAGCCACUCCAAAGGUUCCUCCAGCCAUUCCAGCAGCACCUCACGUGAUUAUCCAGCAGCAACCGUUAAAAGCACCAAUCCCAACGUUCGAUGGGAGUUACGACGCAUGGCCCAAGUUCAAGGCCAUCUUCCAGGACCUGAUGGCCAACUCGGGGGAUACAAAUGCCAUAAAAUUGUAUCACCUCGAUAAAGCUCUUAUCGGAGAUGCUACUGGAGUUCUGGACGCUAAGCUCCUAAGCGAGGAUAACUACGAGCAAGCUUGGACCAUUUUAACGGACCGAUACGAGAACAAGCGAGUCAUAGUGGAAACUCACAUCCGUGGGUUGUUGUUCCUCAAGAAGAUGACGUCGGAGUCUCAUAAGGAACUGCGUACACUGCUGAACGGAGCCACUCACCACGUCGAAAGUUUGCGCUACCUUCAGCAACAAAUCACCGGAGUUUCAGAACACAUCAUUGUGUAUCUGAUAAUUUCAGCACUUGAUAAAUCGACCCGUAAGUCCUGGGAAGGGACCCAGAAGAAAGGAGAUCUUCCGAAGUAUUCCCAAGUCAUCGAGUUCCUGAAAUCCAGAUGCCAGAUACUGGAAAACUGCGAAGCAGCGUUCCAGUCAGUGCCGCCAACAAUCAAGUCAAAACAAGCCCAGCUACCUUCAAGAGUUCAGCCGCAGAAGAGCCACGCAGUUUCCACCAAUGUGUCCCAAGCAUGUGAGAUUUGUGGUGGUGAUCAUCGGAACUUCCAGUGCACUGCCCUGAACAACCUAACCUCUUCCCAGAAGAACGAAAAGAUCCGAGCAGCAGGAGUCUGCUUUAACUGCCUGCGCAAAGGACACCGUUCCAAGAACUGCCCUUCAAUCAAGACGUGCCACAAGUGUCAGCGCCGACACCACACGUUGCUCCAUGAAGAUGGGGCACCCUCCCAGGAGAAAAUGCCAAACAUUUCUCUUCCCGCGGAAUCUAUGGCAAUCCCGCCACCGGUUCCGGCUGCUCCGAGUCAACCGUCGAUGUCGGUGCAGAAGAUUCUUGCCCCCGUGGAACAUCCUGUGUCCACCACCUGUUCGUCAAACUUCACCCAGUCGACCAAGACGGUACUGCUGCUUACCGCAGUGGUGCAGGUGUUUGAUAAGAACAGUCAUUCCCAUCCAUGCCGCAUCCUGUUGGACAGCGGCUCCCAGGUGAAUUUCGUGACCGAAGACAUGGCCAAUUGCCUGGGUCUGCCGAAGAAGCCAGCCAACGUUUCGAUCACCGGUAUCAACGCGUUGCGCACCCUCGCUCGUGACAAGGUGACGCUGAAAUUCAAGUCCCGAGUAUCCAACUUCCAAGCCAGCCUCGAGUGCCUCGUGACGCCGAAAGCAACGGGCACAAUUCCAUCGUCGAAGAUCAACAUCAACAAUUGGGACAUCCCUGCUGGAGUGGUUCUUGCCGAUCCCGAGUUCCACACGCCCGAUAAGGUGGACCUGUUGAUCGGCGCAGAGCUGUUUUUUGAUAUACUGAAGCCAAGCCAACUCAACCUGGCGGACAACCUGCCACAGUUGCGAGACACUCACCUUGGGUGGAUCGUAUCUGGUGUCAUCGUCGAGCCACAGAUUUCCAACGUAUCAGUUCAGCAUGCCAGCCACGUUUCUCUUGAAGACAUCGAGCGAAAGAUGUACAAGUUCUGGCAAAUCGAGGAAGUGUCGGACGUACCCAAGUUAUCAACCGAGGAGAUGGCAUGCGAAGCACACUUUCUGUCCACAUACCAGCGUGACGAGUCCGGAAGAUUUAUCGUGAGCUUGCCGUUCAACGAAAAUUCUUCGCAGCUGGACGAUUGCCGUGCUUUAGCUCUGAAGAGGUUCCUGAUGCUGGAGAAACGACUGAUGAACAAUCCCGAACUACAAGCGCAGUACGUAGAGUUCGUUCGAGAGUACGAGGUUCUCGAACAUUGCCGUGAAAUCAAUGAAGCUGAUGAUCCUCCCAACCAGCAGAGGUAUUAUCUUCCACAUCACGCUGUACUGCGUCCGUCCAGCUCGAGCACAAAAUGUCGUGUCGUGUUCGAUGCAAGUGCCAAGUCGUCAUCCGAAAAGCUGUCUUUAAACCAAGUGGUGCUGUGGUGCAGAAUGAUCUGCAUUUCAUCGUCCUACGCUUCAGAAAGUUCAAGAUCGCCUUUUCUGGAGACGUUGCCAAGAUGUACCGGCAGGUACUGCAAGCACUACAAGAUCGACGUUUCCUCAGAAUCUUCUGGAGACCACACCCGUCUCCGAAGCUACGGGUUCUGGAACUGUGUACUGUUACCUACGGUACAGCAUACGCUCCAUACCUCGCAACAAGGUGCCUGGUACAGCUCGUCGAGGAAGAAGACGUACAUGGACGAUGUACUGUCCGGCGCAGACUCGGUGGAAGAUGCAAUCGAAGCUCAACAACAAUUGAAGCAGCUCCUAGGACGUGGUGGUUUUCCGAUACAUAAAUGGUGCUCGAACUCCAAAGAAUUUCUCGAGCGCAUUCCCGUGGAAGACCAGGAAAAAAGGGUACCGUUAGAAGAACGUGAUGUAAACGAAGCAAUCAAGGUCCUUGGCUUGCUCUGGGAUCCGAAUGCCGAUACGCUGUACAUUGCAAACCAUCCGAAGCUACCGCCGCCAUUACAACAACGUGUUACGAAGAGGGUAAUGUAUUCGGAGAUAGCCAAAUUCUUCGACCCUCUUGGGCUGGUCUCUCCAGUUAUCGUAUUGGCAAAACUAAUGGCUCAACGGUUGUGGCAGCUCAAGGUCGGAUGGGACGAUCCGAUUGAUGAAGACACGGUGCAAAAGUGGCAAGAACUUCAAGCUUCGUUGUCGCAUUUGCACAACAUCGCCAUCCCAAGAUGCGUGACAUUCCAAGGAGUCGUCGCGUUCGAAUUGCACGGGUUCUCCGAUGCCUCAACAGUGGCGUACGGGGCCUGCAUCUACCUACGAAGCCUGUUCAACGAUGGUUCAGCGAAGCUCCGCCUACUGACAAGCAAAUCCAAGUUGGCCCCUCUUCACGAUCUUUCCAUCCCACGAAAAGAACUUUGCGCCGCUCUCCUGCUGACACGAUUAGUUCUGAAGGUAUUACCUGCCCUGGAUAUGGAGUUCCGGGAAAUUGUACUUUGGUGUGACAGUACGAUUGUCCUAGCCUGGAUCAAGAAACCGCUCAACCAACUCCUAUUAUUCGUCCGAAACCGAAUCGCUGUAAUUCAAGAACACACUGGUGGAUUCCGGUGGGAGUACGUUAGAUCGCUGCAGAACCCUGCCGACAUCGUCUCGCGCGGCCAACUACCUGGAGCCUUGGAGAACAACAACCUUUGGUGGAAUGGCCCUGAGUUCCUCCAGAGAGUGAAAUACGACAUCGAUCCACCCGAAGAAGUACCAGAUCCGUUGCUGCCAGAGCUGAAACCAGUCAUCGUCACCGCAGCUGUGAGUAUGAAACCUUUCCCAUUUUUCUCCAGGUACAGUAGCUUCCGCAAAAUCCAACGUGUAAUGGGCUACGUCUUGCGAUUCGUUGGUAACUGCCGUAUGAAGAACCCUGCCAAGCGAAAGACAAACCAUCACCUGAUGAUACCGGAACUGCGACAGGCAACCGAAGCUAUAAUCCACGUGGUUCAGUUCGUUCAUUUGGCGGACGAGAUUCAACGAGUUGUUGACCACGAACCCUGCAAGAAGUUGGCAAACCUGCGUCCUAUCUAUACCGAUGGUCUACUUCGUGUGGGCGGUCGACUCGAUCGCUCACAACUACCGUUCGAGAGCCGUCAUCCCAUCAUCUUACCAGACAAGGACCCGGUGGUACGCCUUUUGAUUCGACAGAUGCACGUCGAACAGCUUCACGUCGGGCAGUCUGGCCUGAUGAACGCCAUGAGACAACGAUAUUGGCUUCUGAACGCUCGCUCCACCAUCCGGCAAAUUACACGUAAGUGUGUGAGAUGCUUCCGGAUUAAUCCAACCAAUACCAGCCAACUGAUGGGAAACCUGCCAGCAUCGAGAGUGGUACCAUCGCCCCCAUUUGCCGUGACCGGAGUGGACUACGCCGGGCCUUUCCUGAUUAAGCAAGGUGUGCGCCGUCCUGCUCUAGUGAAAUCAUAUGUGGCCGUCUUUGUUUGUAUGACCACCAAGGCCGUCCACCUAGAAGCGGUUUCCGACUUAAGCACCGAUGCCUUUCUGGCGUCCCUGAAGCGAUUCCUUGGACGACGAGGAAUGAUCCAACAGCUGCACUCGGAUAAUGCAACCAACUUCCGAGGUGCCAACAAUGAACUGAACGCCUUGUUCCAACAGUUCCGGGAUCAGCAAGCCGUUAACACCAUCGAGAAAUUCUGCCGCAACCGUGAGAUCGAGUGGCACUUCAUCCCACCGGACGCACCCGAAUUCGGUGGCCUUUGGGAGGCCGCAGUCAAGUCCGCCAAGAGCCAUCUAAAGCGUAUUGUCGGCAACGUAAAGCUCACGUUCGAGGAGCUAUCCACCGUUCUGGUAGAAAUCGAAGCUGUGCUAAAUUCUCGACCACUUUUCACCAUCUCCAACGACCCGGCAGACCCACUGGUGAUCACGCCAGCCCACUAUCUGAUUGGACGCCCUCUCACUGCCAUACCCGAGCCAUCCUUGGAAGACGUCAAGGCAGCAUGUCUAACUAGAUGGCAACAGCUGCAACUUAUGCGCGAACAUUUCUGGCGCGCUUGGAGUCGCGACUAUCUGAACACCCUACAACCCAGAAAGAAGAAUCUUCGAACUACGCCGAACAUCCGUGAAAACAUGGUUGUUCUGCUCCACGAUCGAAACCAACUGGAAGUUGGGUCGCAUCAUAGCCCUGAACAGCAAAAUCGAGACAUCCUUGCCCAUUUUCGAACUAUAAGGGAAUUAUUGACGAACUAUGGAAACGAACUCAAAGAGCUCAGAGAAUUGGUGGUCAAGAAUUUGGAAGCCCCAAUGAAAAGAACUUUUCCUCUCGAUACCCUUGAAGAAAUCCAAUAUACGAUGGUAAAAUUCGAUGACCCGCAACAUGACUUCAGUAUCAAACGAGAAAUCGCGUACGCAUUAAGCAAUGCUGCCAAGGACGACUGGCUUCGUGUCAUCAUUGCGGAUAAGGCGAUAAACGAAUACCGACGAUCUGACGAAAUAAGGAACCUGAACUUUAUUCGGCAUAUCAUCAAUAAUAUCACCCUAACACCUGAGAAAAUUUUCACGGGAUUGGUGGCAGCUGCAAAAGGAAGGAUUUAUGCGAAACAGCGUAGGGACGCUAAGAAGCGACCUCAUUCCGAGGGCUCGAAAGAAAACACGAAGCCAUCCGACCAACAGCCGGGAUGUAGUCAGACGAAGACUAAGAAGCGAUCUCCUCUUUCCGAGGGCUCAGAAGAAAACAAGAUGAAGUCAUCCCAGCAACCGGGAUGCAGCCAGUCACAGGCAAAAAAGUAA